AUGGGCUGCCGUAAAAGCUCAUGCCCGAGGCACCACACCCCAAAAGCAGGAACAUUUCCGCCGCGGUGGUUCCCCAGUGCGGAGGAGCCCGGGAAAAAAGGCGGGCAGCCCGCCCGGCCAACAGUAGUCAUCUCGGCGGGGACAUCUGAGCAUGAGACGAUUACCAUCGCUCGCCGUCGCCGCACCCCUCAGCUCAAAGCUAGGCACCUGCUGUCUGCUCCUGCAAAUGCGUCUGAUUUAUCGUCCUCUAAAUUGAUUUUCGAUGUCUGCAGGUCGCCAUCAGACUUGCUCCUUCGUGUUCCUACCACCAACAGCGAACAUCAGCAAGCCGAGCUUUGCGCAACCGCUUUGCGCCCAACCAGAUCAAAGCGAUUGAUGACGGAGAACGGCACCGCGCAGACGGGCACAGUCCCGGUUGAACAGCCACGAAAUGGUACGAUGGAGAAUGCCAAACUGAAUAUGGCGGAAGGCGACUCAUCGAGAAUGGAGUCGGGCUCCAAGAAUACUGCCUCACCACCAGUGAAAGCUGACAAUAACGCUGCGGGCACUCACUCCAGCCCCAAGAAGCGUCGCAAAGUUAAUCAUGCAUGCGUCUACUGUCGACGAUCGUCACUAUACGACCUACUUGCAUAUGACAUGCGAUUCGGUACGACCUUCCUGAUCCAUUUUCUCCAGCUUGCGUCCGUGGGAUGUAUCGCAGGCUUCUAUUUGAGCCACUUGUGUCAUGACGAACCCAGGGAGCCUUCAAAGCGGGCGCGGAGCGAACACGAGCAUUCGACUGCUGAAGAGGAUGGUCAUUCGAACAAUGAGUUUUCAAAUGCUCAAAGCAUGCCUCGAAACGUUGAUGUUCAAGAUGCUGCCGGACAGCAAAUCCUUCCCGAUGGGACUGUCGCCCUGCCUCCUUCGUCUGUCAGUGCUGUGCAGCAUAACACCAUCCCCUCCUCCUCUGCGCAAAACAGCCUAGGCCACAACUCCCAACAACUUCUAGGCUACAACGAAUGGCUCGGAGGCCAAAGCCAAUUUCAGGAUAUGCACACCUUCCACCCGUCCUACAUGUUCAAUGCCCCGGAAGUCACGAAUGAAUACAACCUCCUGGGAGACUUCCUCAGCAGCAGUCUUCUAGAUGACGGGGGGAUGUUUUCGAACGAUAACUUACAAGGGAUAUACUCCGAUCCGACGUUGAUCAAUUCAAUGGCCAAUCUGGAUAAUACGGCUUUACUGCAGCAAGCUCAGCCUUCUCAGCCAACGCAGAGUCAACCACAUCAGAAUGAUUCGGUUCAAGGUCCAAGCUCUACAGUAGUGAACGACAAGGCAAGAGAGACUUAUUAUAUGACUGCGGCGGAUCCGUCAGGGUCAGACCCGCCAGAAGAGCGGAUGAAUAAGCUUCUCAAGGCGAAAUACGAUGCUGGUCUCCUGAAACCUUUCAACUAUGUGAAAGGCUACGCUCGCUUGAACCAGUAUAUGGAGAAGAACAUGAAGCAGUCAUCUCGGCAGAAGAUUUUGCGGCAGCUGGACAAAUUCCGGCCUAAAUUUAGGGAGAGAAUGCAAAGCCUAACUGAUAUCGAGCUGAUCCUCGUGGAAAUGUGGUUCGAACGAAGUCUGAUGGAAUAUGACCGUGUCUUUGCUAGCAUGGCGAUUCCCGCCUGCUGCUGGAGGCGGACGGGAGAGAUCUUCCGCGGCAACAAGGAGAUGGCAGAACUUAUUGGCGUGCCGAUAGAGAGUCUGCGAGAUGGCAAGCUGGCAAUCCACGAGAUCAUUGUAGAGGAUCAGCUCGUGAGCUAUUGGGAGAAAUUCGGUGCUAUUGCAUUCGACAACACUCAGAAGGCAAUGCUCACAAGCUGCACACUAAAGAAUCCGAAUUCGAGUAAUCCAGGGAACGGGAUCCCAUGUUGCUUCUCUUUCACAAUUCGGAGGGACAAUCAUAACAUGUGA